AUGGCCGAUUUUUAUAGUACAGCGAAUCCCAACCUGAAGGUAAUUACGAUUUGUUGAGGGGGGGGGUGAAAAAUACCUAACCUAACUAAUUUUGUUUUAUUUUAUGUACUUUAGAGCUAUUAUUAUUAACUCUGCAUCAGUCAUGUGUACUACGAUUGUAAAAUAUUUUUUUUGGGGAGAGGGAUAGUUGUUAAUACCUUAUUUAUGGGUAAUAGUCUCAAAAAGGUUGGUUUGCAGAGUGGAUUGUAGAUUAUUUCAAAUCCAGUAAAUGAUAUCAUUUUUUUUAUUUUUUAUUUAAGUAUGUAACCAAUGUAUAUUAUAAAUCAUGCCUUUUUUUUUUUUUUAACAAAUUCUAAUAUUAAAAACAUCAGUAGAUAAAUCAAAAAAAAGUGAGACCAAAAAGAUAAUAAAUAUAUUUAUUAACCAAUUGGUGGUUAUAAUAAUUAUAAUGAGAGGUUGCACAAAUAUUUCAUUUAUAUCAAAAUUUAAAUCAUAACACAAGAAAAUCAAUUUGACAUUCGAGAAUAUAAUUUACUGUGAAUUGUAACUAUCGCAUUAUUUCAAAUUAAAACAAUUUCUAUGGCCGCUGAUGUUGGUGUAUCAGAAUUAUGUCUUAAACCUUAUCCUUAACCUAAAACAAUAAAUUCGUGUAUAAUUAUCGUAAUAAAAAUAUUUUCGAAAUUAUUAAUAUCCUUUGUUUUAUAACGUAUUAUAUUGUUUAUAACACUGUAAGGGGUGGAGUGGGAAUCAAAUUCAGGCCUGAAGAUUAAAUUGUAUCAUCAAUUCACCCAAUAAAAUACGUACCUACCAAAUACAAUUAUUCUAGAUUUUUAAUUUGUACUAGCGGUGAAUCCAGGAUUUAAACUUGAGUGGAAUUAAAUACGGUUUUACUUGAGUCACGGGUCAAGAUAGGAGAGAUGGAGGAAGUUUUGACCUCCCUCCCGUCGAAAAAUAUAUAAAAGUGUACAGUUUAUUAUAAUAUUAUAAAUGCAUAUAUAAACCACUGAAAUAAGUGUAUAAUAUGUGUCUUGACAUAACUUUUUACUAACUUUUGAGUACCUAAUCAAAAUAUUUUACACAAAUAAACUGGCCAGCACCUGACCAGGUUAUAAUAUCAGGAUUAUAAUAACAUGAUCCGGGAAAUUUGGACAAUUUCCUAACAGACCAGCCAUACCAUUGCAGGAUUGUUAUCCUGCACCACAUUAAACCACGUUGCACGGUCGUAUACUGUGAAAUAUGCAUCGGGGCCGCAUUUUAAUACAUGGGUCCCGAUUGACUUUUUUUUUGCUUAUUAGUUCUUCUUGCGCGGGUCACUAUAUAUGGUUACAGCCUGUAAAAUUUGCUUAAAUUGUUAUCCUACUCUACACAGUUUUAUACCGUACAAUAUGCACUGGGGCCGUAUUUGGAUACAUGGGCCCCGAUUGAAUUUUUUUUUUUGCUUAUUAGUUUUUCUUGCGUGGGUCAACUAUAUAUGGUUAUAGCCUGUAAAAUUUGCUCAUAUUUGCCGUAGAGUUGUUAAAAUACGGUAUUGUUUUUUUUGUAAUAUCAUAUUACACGCGUAUCUAGGGCUGCAUUUAACAUGAAACAAAAUAAAAAUACCUUAUUUUAACAACUCUGCGGCUUGUAAAUAGUAUAAUGUAAAUGUAACGAUAAAACCCGACGGAAACCCGCUACGUUUUAAUGGCGAAAAACGUUUUAUCCGACAAACGAAAAUAUUAUUCCAUUUUAUCGUAUCGCUUUUGCCAAAAUUGAAAACCUAUAAUAAUUUUAUACCGUGUUGCGUUUGUAUACCGUCGAUAAAACCUUAUAUCAACGUCCAUAUAAAGUCCACUCACGUACCUAAUAAUAUAAUAUUAUUACAUUCUGCGUUCAUGUGCUCGCUCGGUUAUAUUUUCAUUUCGUAUAGAAAACUAUAAAAAUUUAAUAUAUUGUAAGUGCCUCAAGCUAACCUCAAUAAUACAGUUUUCAAGAAACUCGUCUUCUUGGUAUUAUAUUAUUAUAGACCGUUCCGUUAUAAACUUCAAAAGUAUAAUAUCGUUAUGUACUUAGACUUUCUUUUGUACGGCGGUGAUGUUUCUGAACACAAUACUAAGAAACUUUCACACAUAGUUCGUCAGACGUGGUUUUGACUUUGUACUUUGAUAUAACCUGUCCUACCGUCUCGCGUAUACGGAGUUCAUAACACAAUUUAUUACUUUAAAAGCAAGAGUACACCGGAAACUCGACUUUGUGGUAGCAAUAUUUUUAAUGUAUAAAACUUGAAUAGCGUUGUUAUAAUAAUUUGCGAAACAAAUUGUUACUUAUUUUAUAGCCAGAUGCGUUACAAUAUAUCUUGUUAAAGAUGAUGCAUUCGCAUAACUUAUAAAUUGUAAAAUAAACAAAUAACAUCAACAAGAGUCCACUACGAUAAAAAUAAAAUAUAUUCAAGAACUUUUCAUCUAGAUGAAAAAAAAUAUUAUUGGUACACGUCUAGGAUUCAAAAAGGUCGUUUGAUUGAUAUCGAUUGUGAUUAUUUGAUAGAAUUCGCUUUCUAGAUUUGCUUUUAGAUUUACAAAGGGUAAAAACACGCACUGCAGUUUUAACGUUUCGCCCUUACAAGCCAUUAACCAAUAUUAAUAAUAUUAUAAAUGAAACCCAUAACGACUUCAGUAUAAUCACGUUAUUUUUAUUCGAUUUUAUCAUCCCGUCCCGGCAGUAUAUCCCAGCAGUAGCAUUUUCGCACUCCAUCAACCUCGUAUCUCCCCUAUAAUAACCUUUAGCCCCCUUUUUCUUUGGUCUACUUCCCCUACGGUCUCCGUAAACACUUCCGCCUAUAUUAUUAUCCUAUCGUCUUUCCUCCUAUCCCGUGAUUACACAAUGCAUCCACCUUAACAUAUCUCUACUAUAUCCUCAAGGACUGUUGGGUCCUUAUCGGUUUCCUUCCGCUUUGUUUUUUGUACAGUAUAUACUCGUAUUAUAUUGUUGUUAUUUAUUGUCGGUGAAUAAUAUUAUUAUUAUAUAGGGGCGGUCCGAUACAUAAUCCGAUACUCAAUACUCGACUUUUUAACAGAUAUUUCACGAAAAAACUAUAUCUAUUAUAACGUCUAUGGAAUAUGUAAAAAGCGAUUAAAAAAUCGGCUUUUCAACCGCGGUAUAACGGUUAGUUCUGACAUCAACACGUAUUGGGUAUCGGUUUUAUAUCAGACACGGAUAUAAAAGUGUUGUCUGCUCGUCCCUGUUUAUUCGCCCUACAUAAUGUGUUAUAUUUAUAUAAUAAUCAAAUAAAACCGUGUUGUUGUUGUUAUUGUUGUUCGGUCGUUCAGACGUCGGAACUUUCGGCUCCAGAAGUGACAGCGUCAUCUUCAGCCGACUUGCCCAAAAUCGAAGAGACCGUCAAAGAGGAAAUGGUGAAUUUCGAGAGUGAUAUAUACCUAAUGUAGAUUGUUGAUAAAAUUAUAGAUAGAUAUUGUAGAUAGAUAGAUCUUAUGUGUCCGUGCGUUUUAUGUGUUUGACCGAAAAGUAGUCGGUUUGGUAGUGAUAAUCGUAACAGUAGAAUUCGUGCACGCUUUACGCAGGUUCCGUCCUAAUUCCGUCUUUGACCGUGUCGAAAGUAUUGUUUUGUUUAUUUAUAUAGGAACAGGGCCCGUCUACGUCGACCAUGGUGGACCUUGAAAGCCAACGCGCAGAAGCGCUGAGAAAACGGGAGUACGUGGUACAGGAAUUUGUGGAGACUGAAAGGAACUACGUCAUGUAUUUGUCAAAAGUGGUCCACGGCUACAUGGCCGUUUUGAAAGAUCCCAUGGGGUUCGGUUUCAAAAUACCCACGCCCAAGAUAUUGAAGCCCGCCCUACACAAAAACAUCUUCGGCAACAUCGAAACGAUCUACGAAUGGCACAGGGAGUAAGAACAAUAAUAAUACCAUGUACCAGGUUAGGUUAGGUUUUCCUUAAAGUUGGCUGAUUCUCGUUUUCGUUUAAUGAUAAUAAUUAUUAUUGCGCUGUACAAAUAUCUACAAUUUUACGCUGAACUAGCAAACUUGCAAAAUCGAUACUUUAAAAAAAAUUUCUUUUAGUCUUGAAAUUUAACCUCUUUAACGUGGCUUGCGCUUGAAUUUAAGAUUUUAAUACAAACGAAUUAAAUGCAUUCAUAUUUUCCAUCACACCUACAGGAAUGCAUUCCUGUAGAAAAACCUGACAAAUCAUGGGAUUUAAAAUCGGUCAGAGUCAGAGAUUUUCUUUUGAUUUUUUCUGGAAUUUUAAAAAAAAAUUAUUUGUUUUUUUUAAAUAUUAAUGCCAUUAUUAUGGUUUCAAGAAUCAUGGCACACGAAAAAUCAAAUUGGGCACUUCAUAAACAAAAAAAAAAAAAUAAAAUGUAUGCAGUCUACUACAGUUAUAGAUUAAUACCGUUGACUAAAUCGGUUAGUGGAAGCUUUUUAAAUAUUAUACUUCAAUACACUCGUGAAAAAAUUUUAAGUCUGCCUAUCGUUAUGUGUAACAUUUACUUUUAUCAGUUAUCAAUUUUAUUUGUGUUUUGUUAGUGUUAUUGUUAUAAUUUUUUAAUAAUUUCUAAUAGAAACAAUAUGUACUUAACAAUAAGUGGUAUGGUAUGCUUAAAGAUAAUAUAAAUGAUAAACAUAGUAAUUAUAUUGUAUUUUAUCUUAUGGGGUGACAGUAUUUUUUUUAAAAAAUUUUAACUUUUAUUGAAAUUUAAUUUUAAUGGGUAAAAAAGAGUAGUCUGGAAAACAUGGGAAAGCCAGAGAAUCCGUCAACUUGAAAAUUGUGGCAACCUUGAUAUUAUAUAUAAGGAAGUACCUCUUUUUCUUUUUUUUUUUUUCAAUUAACCGACAGCAGUAAAACGCGCCGACUUGUUUUUUUUUUUUUUAAAGAUUUUUAACGAUUUUAUUUGAUUUGUUUACAGUGUAUUCUUGUCUGCCGUCGAAGAAUGCGCCACUCAACCGCACUUAUUUGGAAAGCUGUUCCAAAAAUACAAAAGAAAACUUCACAUGUACGUCAUUUACUGUUGGAACAAAUCAUGCUCUGAUUUAAUCAUGAUUAAUUCCUCCAGUUAUUUCGAGGUAAAAAAUGUUCAUAAAUAAAUAAAAUAAUAGCAUUACGAUAGUAUAUGUUAAUCACGAUUAAAGUCACGACUUUUUCUGUUAAAUAUAUUUUCAUGGUUUCUUUUAAAUGAUAGACAUUUUGUUUUAAUGUGUACACUAAAUGACUAUACGGAACCAAUAGAAUUUUCAUAAUAUUUUCAUGGCAUUUAAAAUGUAUGUAAAAAUAAUAUUCUCGUUUUCCUACAGUACAAUUUUGACGUUACCUUGUUGCAUAGCGUCUCGAUGUUAAAGUUUUUCGUAUUAUGUAUUAUAGUGUAUUAUUAUGUACCAUUGCAAUAUUUCGGAAAAUAUUAACUUUAUUCCGAUUUUUUUUAUUGAAAACUUACGAAACAAAUAGUUUUAUAAUAUUAACUACAUUACAUUUUUUUUUACACUAUUAUUUUUAGGGGUAAAACGGCUACCUAUAUUGAUAAUUCCUUCGAUAAAUUAGUUAAAAAAAAUAAUUUUUGUUGUUAUUCAAACUUUUGAUUUUCAUCAAGCCGUUAACGGGAAACUUUUAAGUUUAGUCGGGGCCAGAUAAGUGAUAGUAGUUGUUUUUGAAAAGUCUAAGCGCAUUGCGCCAUGCGCGAUACGGACUUACCGGCUAUAUAUUGACGUUUUCGUUAUUUCAGAAAAUAAGGAUAGAACUGGGCUACAAGCUACAGCUGUCCGACAUCCUAAUCAAACCCAUCCAGAGGAUUAUGAAGUAUAAACUGCUGCUGGAGGAAAUGCUCAAGUACACGAAACGGGCCGGACUAACCAACGAAAUCGAAAUGUUUCAAGUGGCCAUAGAAAUUAUGAAAUAUGUGCCCAGAGUAGCUGACGACAUGAUUAUUGUCAGUAAGCUAGAAGGAUUUGACGUAAGCACACAAUCACACCAUUACCAAUUACUAUAUUAGUAUUGCGCCCACCGACCGUCUUUCUCAACUGUUAUGUCCCGUAUCGUUUCUAGGGAAACAUAAUUGCCCAGGGCGAUUUGUUGUUGCACGACAACUUUGACUGUGCCCGUAAAUCGGAAGAUGAAUUCAAAAGUACCGAAUUCGAAUGCGAGACUUACGAAAACAUGCACGUUUUCUUGUUCGAAAAGUGCAUAAUAUUCAGCAAAGAGGUACAGUCGAAGAAUCAGUAUACUAACCCGCUGUAUAUUUUCAAAAUGCACGUUCAGGUAUACAUACUUUCGGUGACAUUAUAUAAUAGAGAGUACGCUAAUUGGCAGUCUAUUGGCGAUUAUAGUUAAUGGUCAAUAUUAAUAUCAUGUUUCUGUUUUUUGGCAGAUCAACAAAAUGUAUGUGAAAAAGAAACAAUGUCCGGACCGUUCGCCUAACGAAUUGCUUAUCAUCGAAUCGAUGGGGGGCUUAAAGAAGCCGCCAAUGUGGAUUGUAUGCAGUAUAACCAACCCUAAACUGCAAUCCGAAUGGUGGCUGACUCUUAAUGAGAUGCAAAAACAAAAUCAGGAAUUCUUAAAAGCUAUAAUGUCCCCUAUAACGUAUCAAAGACAACUCACCGAAGAGGCUGCUAAAUCAUUAGAUCGAAAAGAUGACAAAAAACAAUAA